AUGAAAGCUACUAAGGACCCAAAAGUCGGCCAGAAUCUGGUCCGCAUGGAUGGACGGCGUAAGUGCGACCCUACGGAUUUCGACACAUUGUACCUUGACAUGCUUUCUGAAAUUGCUACGGUUUCCGAACACCGUGCCUCCAUCAUUAAGAGCGCCUUCCCGUCCCUUCAUGCGUUGCUAGAGGCGAUUGACUCCGGUACCCUCGAGCGGGUGCGCGUAAGAGGAUAUGAUGAAGAAAGAAGUUGCAGCACCUUAGAUCCUUAUAUUUCGAAAGUGCUCUCCACGGAUUACACUGCGACUGGCAGUGUGGAAGGGGCGGCUUCGUUGGUCGAAGUGAGUAAAAAGUUUUUCCAACAGAGUAGUGAAAAAUAA